UUGCGAAACCAGGAAGUCUGUUGGUUUUGCAACCCUCCCAAUGAUGGAUCGGCUAAAUAAGUGGCUGCGGUAGCUGUAGUGUAGUUGAAAUGGGUGAUAUAGCAUUGUUUGAAGAGGGGAUCCUUGAUAAGAAGCAGGGACCACUGAAGCAAUGGAGAAAAUAUUACUGUACUCUUCAGAACAGCAAGUUUUCUUAUCGCCCAUUUAAGGGCGCGGAAGCUACGUCAAAAGAUCUGGAAAUGUCUACAGUCCAUUCAGUCAGGGCUACCCGUGGAAAACCAGGCUCCAGCUGCAAUGAAAUACAUUUUCACUUAAUGGGUGACAAGGAAAUGGUAUUCUCGGCGUUCAAUACUGAUGACCAAGACAGGUGGGUAAAAGUCCUACAAAAAGCAAUUGAAUUGAAGAGAAAGAGAGAAAGUCUGAGGAGCUCACUGAUAGAUUUCGAACGUGAUCGUGGCAUCACCUUAUAUGAUCAACCAUGGGAUCUACAAGCUACAGUCAACCAGAGUAAUGAAAAGUUAAAAGAAAGCUUCAAAAACCCAAAAUCUACAACAUCUCUUGAUUCUCGUGAUGACCUUGCAAAGGGCAAUGAUUCCCCUGUCGUGCGGAGACGACAGGCACCUUACGUCGAGCCAUAUGCCGAAGUUGUUCUUUUUCCAAAACCAAAGAAUCAUAGAAACUCAGAAGAAACUCUUAUGACACCAUAUGCAGAGACAACUAUCAAUGGGUCGACUUUGCUUGCACCAAGUAAUGAGAGGAAAGACUUGACAAUUUAUUCAAAAUGUACCGAAAUGAAACCGACCUUUUCAGAAAAUGAAAGUUGUAACUAUAGCUAUGCGCAAGUGAUUAAACCUAAGUUUAGACGGGAACCUGACACAAGUAACAUAGAGAAGUUCCGUGUUUCACAUGGGGCCUAUGACAGUUAUGUUGAUGGUGAUUCUGGACAGGAUGAGAGAGAUUUGGUAGAAAGUGGUAUGGUCAGUGUGUCUAGUAAUGAGAGUGGGAAAGAAUCUGAAGCAGUUUUAGCUUCUUUGAAAGAUGCAUUGGUAAUAUUUUCAACAUUAGCAAAGUAUGAAAAGCCAAGAUCACUGAAAUACCCGGAUUGUGAGAAAAGUGCAAGUUUCAUUGCGUUGAAAAAACAUAUUAUUGCUGCCAGCAGUAAAGAUGGUAAAGAUCGCUUCACCCAACCACGCAGUUUCAAAUUGGGGACUUACGUUCAACAACUAAAGAAGUCAGUGUCUGGAGUCAAGGAUUCGCCUACUGCUGUACAAGUUCAGAUGGAAAUGGAACUGUAGACUAUAUUGUUUGUUCAUGUACAGUGUUUCACAGGGUCAUCAUUAAUGUAGUUUACCAUGUUUACAGAGUUCUUGGGUCACUUUGGUUAAAUUGUUUCUUAGAUGCAUCUGAAACAGAAUCCAAUCAGCCUAAAAAAAUUAUCUGUGUCAUGUGUUUUGCACCUUAUUUGAAGGGAUAUUGAAUAGUCUGUCUUUUAUGUCCUUUCGGUUCUCAAGGAACUGUGGUGGUUGGAUUGUACCUCUGUAGAUUGGUACAUGUAGCUCCUACUUGGAGACUAAUAUUCAGACUAGAUAUAUGUAGACUAAUAUAUAUGUAGACUAAUAUUCAGAAAGCUAUAGUAUAGUGCUUUGCACUUGUGUCAUAAGGAUUGCACGAGGUUUAGGAUUUCGAGCUCAAACAAGUGCAUACGUCGAUAGAGAUGUGGCAUCGAUUUUGGCUGUCGUCAUACUUUCUGAGCUUUUUUUAGCUGUUUGUGGCGUGCUAUUUGAUAAAAAACGUAUCUUUGUAUGAUUCAAUUGCAUGCAAACAAUAAAGAUUUUU